GAGCCCUGUCUUCUUGUCUUGGGCGACCUCCCCCUCUGCCUGGGCAGCAUGGAGGCGCCCAAGAUGGCGGGCGGCUGGGGGCUGUGUCGAGAGUAGAAGCACGGCGUUGGGCGCGGGCAGGGGUUGGGGCUGUCCCCGUGGGACGCUCUUUUCACCACCAUGAGCAACAUCUACAUCCAGGAGCCCCCCACCAACGGCAAGGUUUUGCUGAGAACAACAGCAGGAGAUAUUGAUAUAGAGUUGUGGUCAAAAGAAGCACCGAAAGCAUGUCGAAAUUUUAUCCAGCUUUGUAUGGAAGAGUAUUACAAUAACACAAUAUUUCACAGAGUAGUGCCUGGUUUUAUAGUGCAAGGAGGUGAUCCCACUGGUACUGGGUCAGGCGGAGAAUCAAUAUACGGAGCUCCCUUCAAGGAUGAGUUCCACUCACGACUGCGAUUUAAUCGAAGAGGACUUGUUGCUAUGGCAAAUGCCGGGCCCCAUGAUAAUGGCAGCCAGUUUUUCUUUACAUUGGGUCGUGCAGAUGAACUCAAUAACAAGCACACAAUCUUUGGAAAGGUUACAGGGGAUACAAUAUAUAACAUGUUGCGGCUGGCUGAAGUAGAAGUUGACAAGGAAGAAAGACCACUCAGUCCACACAAAAUAAGAAGCAGUGAGGUUUUGUUUAAUCCUUUUGAUGACAUUGUUCCAAGACCAAAUAGAAAACUGAAGAAGGACAAACCAGAAGAAGAAGAUAAAAAGCCCAAAGUAAAAGGCACAAAAAAUUUUAACCUGCUUUCCUUUGGGGAAGAAGCUGAAGAAGAAGAGGAGGAAGUGAACAGAGUUAGCCAGAGUAUGAAAGGAAAAAGUAAAAGUAGUCAUGAUCUACUGAAGGAUGAUCCACAUCUAAGCUCUGUUCCUGCUGUCAAAAGUGAAGCAGCAAAUGAAGGCAUGUAUUUGAGUGAGGAGGAAGAAGAAAAUGAUGAAGAUGCUGAUAGUGUAGAAGAUGAAGCUGCUAGCAAUGAGAGAUUUCAAAUGAAAGAACGUAUAGCAAAAAAGUUGAAAAUUGAUGCAAAUGAAGCUGUUAAACCGCCAGUUCAAGAGGAAGAAACUAAGACAGAAAAGAAAAUAACCAGUCGCAGUGAGGAGCUACGGAAAGAAGCACGACAGCUGAAACGUGAACUGCUGGAGGCAAAGCAAAAAAAAGAAGAGCAGGCUUUAAAACCCAAAGAAAAGGAAGAAGAGGAACCUGCUCCAAACAGGGUUGUUGAAGAAUACCUUCAGGAGAAGAGAAAAUAUGAAGACAAGCGGAAGCAGCAGCCAAAGAAAGGCAUUUCUCGUGAAGAUCAGACACUGGCACUAUUGGACCGGUUCAAAUCAAAGUUAACCCAGGCCAUUGAAGAAACUCCUGAAAAUGAGAAUUCUGAACCUGAAGUAGAUAAUGAUGAAGGCUGGAUGUCGCAUGUACUUCAGUUUGAAGAUAGAAGCAGAAAGGUGAAAGAUGCAAGCAUGCAGGAUGAAGACACUUUUGAGAUCUAUGACCCACGGAAUCCUGUAACUAAGAGGAGAAGAGAAGAAAGCAAGAAGAUAAUGAGAGAAAAAAAGGAAAGGAGAUAAAAUGUAUGUAAUCCUAGCCAGAGCUGCCUUGAAAAGUGACUGCAAUAAAGCACUGGCUCUUUUGUAAGCUGUAGCUCCUAAAAAUAUCACUUGACAAGUGUGAAAAGGAAUCUCUCAAGAACCUGUUGUGUGGUUUUGAAUCUGAGCUAUCUUUUGUUUCUUAAGUUGUGCAGUAAACUGCUCUCAGUGCAUUCAUUAUCCAAGCUUGCUAAAGUUUUUUAUGUACUUAAUAAAACAGCUGACUUCAGUUUGAUCUGCACUUUAAUUAUGAUAGUCACCAUCAUAAUCAAAAAGUUUUCGAUAUAAUGAAUGAGAAUUUGUCUCAGUAAGGAUGAAGUUAGAAGAUGAAAAUUCCAUCUGUAGGCUUUUGAAAUAUUCUGAAAGUAUAAUUUUAUUUAUUUAUAUUAUUUUUUGAGAAGGCAUAUAAACAUUACAGCAGUAACCACUGACUUCCUGAGCCAGUGUCAUUGAUUUAAGAUGAUGCAGUUGCAGGAUUGCUUAGAAUGUUUCCAGCUUUCUUAAACAAACUAAGUUUGAUUUGAGGAUUUGGUUAACUUUUCUUACUUCUGAAAUACAUAUUCCAUUUCAUAUCACAGCUUGGGAUACACAAUUUUUGAGGAGUAUUAUUUCAGUAACAGUACCACAUUAAGCAACCAUUAUAAUAAGCUUAGAUUCUCUUUUCGCUAAACUGCUACAAUACUAGAAACCUUACAUUGGGAGAAUUUUCACUGUAAAGUAGCUGGUAAUUAAGGUUGCUUUGUUAAUUAGUCCAGUACAAAAAUGAAAAAUCUAAUCAAUCUCAUUAAAAAUGUAACCUUGUUUUUAGCAAUUUUUUUACCAUCUAAAAAUGAAAAGCUUUUGAGGUUUCGAGAAGAUAACAUACUUCCCACAGAUUUCCCCCUCCCUCCUCCUCUGGGUGCUAAUACCUUUUGCAGAAAAUAAGAAUUUCCACUGCUACUUCUUUACAGCAUUUUCUGAUGUCACAGUAAGCUUGGAGAGAGAACAUGUGGGCAAUAGCUAAAGAAGAGGGACACGAAGUGAGCAAGGUCAUUAAAAAGUGUGACCAAAAGAGUGUUUUGUUGAUGUUGUUUUUAGAACACAUUCAGUAAGGUAUGGUGUCUUUAUCAAGCUGCCACUGCCAAAUUUCUUGAUAGGGUCUGAGGUGUGAGGUACAUAAACCUGCAUUGGUGGGUUAAUGUGGCCCAAAUGUCAGAGGUUAGAUUAAUGCACACUAUUGCUUUAAUGUGCGGUGUAAUCUUUGAGAUAAAAAGAAAAGUUGGAGGUGUGACAUGAUAUCCUGUAUAAAGCUGUCAUUAUCCUCUUCUUAGGCUGAGUGAAUUAUACUGUACCAUGGUGUAAAGAAGUCAAGAGGGGUUACAUUCUUAAACACUGCCAUUUACAACCUACUAAGUCAAAGUUAUUAUUUAAUUGUUAAGUCAUUUUCUACAAGGCUUUGACCAUCUUCCAGGAACAUCAUAUGUCACAUGCUAUGCUAUCUCGAUUCAUUGCUUUGCUUGUAGAAAAAAUGCAAGUUUUAAAAUAAUUGUUAGAGGAAAUUAGCAUAUCAGAUCCCCACUUUGAUGGGAUGGGGGAAGAGAGGGAGGAUGUGUGUAUAUAAGCAUGCAUGUUGGCAGAGGAGGUCAGAACAGGGAAAGUGAGGUCUAGAUGUAGAAAGAAACUUGAGUGCCAGUUCCAGGCGAUGGCUACUGUUGCUGUAAUAGGAAAAUGUUCUAAUUAAAUAAUAUUCCUGUAAGCUGAAGUAGGAUGCAUGAGGCAAUGAACAGACAAGUUGACUAACAACCCAUUUAGCUGAAUGGUAGUUUUUUUGCCAAUUCCUGUGGCAGGUCUGUUUGUACUGUAUUUGAUAAUUCACAUUCUUAAACACUAUGCAAGCACAGGGUUUUAAAAGUUUAACUCAGGGUUUAGAGCUCCACUCAAGUAGGAAGAGGUCUGAAAAGCUACUCCUUGCAGAUGCAGGACUGUGAUAACAUCGCAAGAAGUAACUUAAUGCUGACAUCGUCUAGGUAGGUGAAGUGUGUAUCGAAAAGUAGUAUACUUCUUUUCUAGAGAUACUUUACCUUAUAUUAAUGGUACAUUUGAAACCAAAUGCGUUACCUGUUAAAGUUAAUUUUAAGCAUUACUGUAUUACACUUUGUUAUAGAAGAACACAAAGGCCAGCCACAGUGCAAGGAUGCAUACCCAAGCAGCAGUCUUUCCUGUGUCUAGUGAAUAUUGCUUCAGGUGUAAUGGUCAUUUACUGCAUUAAGCCCAGGUUCACAGAAGUAAGCUAACAGCCACUGAGACUGGCUAUCUGGAUGCAAAAGAGAAAAGCCUUUAUGAAAGGCAGUGGGUUUUGGUUUCAGUUUUGUUAAAUGAGAGAUGGGACCAACUUCCCUGGCAGUUUGCAUUUUGCUCUGUACCAAACCCAUACGUAAGGGUAGAGGUUAAAAACCUUCAAUUUUCUUGUGAUUAUGAAUGACAAAAUCCAUUAUAAAUCAAACUGAAGCUGAACCUGUUUCAGUUCAACAAGACAAUGGGGAUUUGUGGUUAUUCUUUACCAUGUAUUUUUGCUUUUAUUAAUUAUAUUUGUAACCUUUGAAACUAGUUUGGGAAGCCUACAAGCGAAGCACUCCUAGCUCAUCACCAUAAUGUGCUGCAGGCAAAAACCAACAUAUUUGGACUAUUUGGAGCAAAAUAGACAAACCAGGUAUGUAGUCUACUAUGGCAGUCCCUCAGUAACCUUGCCUCUGAAAGGCAGACUUGUUUCUAGUCACUUACACUACUUUCUCAGAUCAUCUUUAGCAGGCUGAUAUUUAAUGCAGUCCAUCACAAGAAGAACAAAUUAACUAUGCUGACAUCUUCUUGAUAGGUGAAAUGUGUAUUGAAAAUUAAUAUACAUCAGUAUAUUAGCUGAUAAUAAGGAUUUCUCAUAGAAAAUGUUACAGUGUUUUGGAUCUCUGCAAUCAGAAAGGAUCCUCUGUCAUCCACAUUGUGUGUCUUUUCAGUCAUGGCUGUUAUAUAUAUAUAUACAAGCUGUGUUAUCAAUACCUCCCUUUCUCCACUUGCAAACUUGCUAGACACCAUCUUUAUAUAACCCCAGAUGUACAGAAUAAAAGGAUAAAUUGAGUGCAACAGA